AUGACCAAAGCUUUAUCAAGAAAGGAAAUCAGGGCGGAGGCGGCAGUUCCUAAACGAAGAGCCAUUCCAAUAAUGAAAGCGAAAAUUAGCAUAAAGGAGAAUGAUAGAAUUGCACGGAUGAAGGCUGCACGUGAAGCGUACAGGUAUCUUACGCAAGACUUUGAAGUCCUCGAAAUUGCCGAGAGAUUCUUCUCCUUCGCGCGGCAGAAACAGUUGUCGGAUCAACGAAAAGACAAGAACGAAGAAGCCCACGGAGAGAUCGCACAGUUCCUGAAAGCACGGCUCAAGCCUAUGGCUUCGUCUCUCGAAGCAAUCCGCAAUGGUGGCAUAAGGACCGAAACUGGUCGCGCCAGUUAUAUUGCUGGGGCUAGAUCGCUUGCACCGCGUCCAAGUCUACUUCCUCUUGGGAUCAAUAUAUUCGAAUCGAACGUUAGCUUCACUGACAAGAUGAAGGUUAGAAACUUUAUUGAGUCGUGCCUUGAAUACUGGGACGACUCCAAAGAAGACUGCACCGUCAUCGCUAUCGUCGAUCUCUGA